GGCUGCGCGGAGGGCGGUGCGACGGCGGAGCGCGUCCCGCCCGAAGUCCGCGGCCACCCCGUGCCGUGCUGAGCCGUGCCGCCAUGCUGCCCAACACUGGGAAACUAGCAGGCUGCACGCUCUUCAUCACUGGUGCAAGCCGGGGAAUUGGCAAAGCCAUUGCUCUGAAGGCUGCCAGGGAUGGUGCAAACAUUGUGAUCGCCGCCAAGACAGCAGAACCCCAUCCUAAACUUCCCGGGACUAUCUACACAGCUGCAGAAGAGAUUGAAGCAGCUGGAGGAAGGGCAUUGCCAUGCAUUGUUAAUGUGAGGCAAGAAGAGCAAAUUAUUAGCGCCGUGGAGAAAGCUGUGAAGACGUUUGGAGGGAUUGAUAUUUUGGUGAACAAUGCAAGCGCCAUCUCUUUGACUGGCACUUUGGAAACAGAAACCAAGAAGGUCAAUCUUAUGAUGGAUGUCAACGUACGAGGAACCUACCUCACGUCUAAAGCGUGCCUUCCCUACUUACGGAAGAGUAAGAACCCCCAUAUCCUGAACCUCAGCCCGCCUAUGAAUAUGAAACCCAUAUGGUUCAAAAAUCACUGUGCCUACACGAUUUCUAAAUAUGGCAUGUCCAUGUGUGUCUUGGGAAUGGCAGAAGAAUUUAAAGGAGAAGUUGCUGUCAAUGCUUUAUGGCCUAAAACAGCCAUACAUACAGCUGCUAUGGAUAUGCUGGGAGGAUCCGGAAUAGAGAAGCAGUGCAGAAAAACUGACAUCAUUGCAGAUGCUGCAUAUUGCAUUUUAACAAAGCCAAAAAGCUUCACUGGAAACUUCAUUAUUGAUGAAGUUCUACUGAGAGAAGAAGGCGUUAAGGAUUUUGAUGUCUAUGCAAUUGCACCAGGUCACCCCCUGAUGCCUGACUUCUUCUUGGAUGCUGAAACUGACAUGACAGAAAGCCAUGGUGCUUCACAGGCAUCAGAUGGAGCCAAGGCUAAUAAAGAAUCUGCUCCAGCUGGGCCUGUUGCAGAAACAUUCAGACUUAUCCAGGGAGAACUCAAUAAAGAAAUGGUGAAAUCCACCCAGGGCGUCUUUCAGUUUGAACUGUCAGGUGAUGAAGGAGGCACUUGGUACCUUGAUCUGAAAACCAGCAGCGGGAGCGCCGGGUUUGGGAAGCCUCCUGCAGCAGCUGACGUUGUGAUGAGCAUGUCGAGCGGCGACUUUGUGAAGAUGUUCACUGGUAAACUAAAGCCAACCAUGGCCUUCAUGUCAGGAAAAUUAAGGAUUAAAGGUAACAUGGCACUAGCAGUAAAGCUAGAGAAGAUGCUGACACAGUUUAACGCUAAACUGUGAGGGGAAAGCUGUACCAGAAGAACAUCCAGCCUUUCUUUUAUGAUAGCAAUGCUACAUUUUAAAAUGAUCAUCUACUUUUUUCUUUUUUUCUUUUUUGUGAAAUAUAAUAACCAUGGAUAAAAUAUUAGUUUGUUAGAGAAGAACUAAUUUAGUAUGAUUAAGACUGGAAGGUGUUUGUGAUUAAACAAUUCCUUCUUGAGAAUA